AUGUACAUAUACGACACAGAGAAUGAGAUUUCAAACAGACUCCGAUUCUUCAAUAACUCACAUCAACACAACCUUUCAGAUAGUAUUGUUGGCACGCUCAGCCAGAUGUUAAAUACCUACAAUGGGUAUGCUCGCCUCUUUAAAAACUCCGGCGACAUCUGCAGAACGAUAGAAGGUAGCUGUUAUUCCAUUCGUCUUUAUAGUAACGUACCUGAUAGAAGAUAUGGUGCUCCAUCUGCAGACGCAUUGGGUGGAAUAGAAUGCGGUGACAAUUUCAAUGCUAGCAACUAUGACAUCAUCAUUCACUCAAAAGACGGAAUGCCUCAGAGAGUUAGUAAGCUUCAUCAAUCUUAUAUGCCAUUACAAUAUCCACUUCUAUUUCCUUUUGGUGAGGAAGGUUGGUCUCCGAAGCUUCAAUUGCGUAAGGUCGAUGGUUCUAAAGACAAGAGAUUGACCGUUAACAUGUACUACAGUUACCAGAUUCAUGAGCGUGUAGGUGUUUAUUCCCUCCUCUUGAAUGGUGGGCAACUUUUUCAACAGUAUUUAGUAGACGCUUAUUCAUGUAUAGAACAGAAUAGACUCGAUUACUUUAAAGCAAAUCAAGAUCUAUUUCGUUCAGAAUAUAUCGUUGGCAUGUACGUUGCCCUUUCACGAGGUGAUACGGAAUGUCGUGAUAUAGGAAAGCGGAUCUUUUUACCAUCUUCGUUUACCGGUGGGCCAUGUUACAUGUAUAAGCAUUACCAAGACGCCUUAGCAAUUUGCAGGGUCCAUGAUUUAUACACUACUGAGUUUCAAAAAAGGGGAUUACCGCACUAUCACACUUUAAUCUGGGUCACAGCAGUCGAUAGAAUACGAGACGCUUCAAAUGUAGAUAGUUACAUUACUGCUGAGUUCCCGGAUCAAAAUUCUGAGCCUCUUUUGUAUCAGACAAUUACUGAAUGCAUGAUUCAUGGCCCGUGCGGGUUGCUCAAUCCUAACGCUCCUUGUAUGCGUGAAGGAGUUGAUCGUAUUAAGUUUGCAAUUCGUAAGUCUGAAACUCAUUCACCAUCUACAUCGUCUGAUGCGCCUCCUGUGGUUGAUAAAAUUCAAAACUUUCUAGACGGCCGGUUUAUUUCCCCACAUGAAGCUUCGUGGAGAAUUUUGAAUUUCUCAAUUCAUGAACGCAGUCCUUCGGUCCAAGUCUUAGCUGUUCACUUGAAAAAUAUGCAAACUGUUACUUUUAAGGAGAGAAGCAAAUUGCAAUCUGUCAUCAACAACCCGUCUUUUGGAAAAACGACUUUAACUGAAUGGUUCUCUAAUAACAACAAGGACUAUAAUGGAUUGGACCUUACCUAUAGAGAUUAUCCAUCAAGAUACCGUUGGGAGUUAUCCGCUAAAGUAUGGAUUCGUAGAGUCCAAGCAAGACCUGCAGCAAUUGGACGCCUUGUGUACGUACAUCCCACAGCUGGUGAACUUUUCUAUUUGUGCCUGCUACUUUGUCAUCAAAAAGGUUGCAAGUCCUACUCUGAUGUACGUACCGUGUCUUCUGUUACAUACACAACUUUUAGAGGGGCAUGUGAGUCGUUGGGUAUAUUAGGUGAUGACAGAGAGUGGGCUGAAGCGUUCACUGAAGCAUCAGCGUGGGCCACAUCUUCAGAGUUAAGGUCUCUUUUCUGUCAUUUGCUUUUAUUUUGUGAGGUCGGUAACCCUUUAGUUUUAUGGCAAUCAGAGUGGAAAAAGAUGGCUGAUGAUCUACUCUUGACUCUUAACUCUACUUUGUCAAAUCCGACCUCACUUGUGAACGAUUUUGAUUUGCAACAGAAAGUCCUAUUAGAGCUUGAAAAAAUAUUGAAUUCCACUACUCCCUCUAAAUCACUUAAGGAUUUCGGCCUUCCUUUACCCUCUGAGAGUGUCCUUGCAACUUUGAGAAAUCGCCUUUUGUUACAGGAAGUCAGUUAUGAUAGAUCAGCACUGAGUCUACAACAUUUGCAAAUGCAUUCACAGCUAAAUAUGGACCAACUUCUAGUUUACAAUGCAGUUAGAGAUUCAUAUGUUAAUAAAACUCAGCUGUUACUGUUUGUUUACGGGCAUGGUGGCACCGGGAAAACUUUUUUGUGGAAUACGAUCAUUUCUUUUAUUAGAUCCAUUGGGAAGGUUGUGUUAGCAGUGGCUGCAUCAGGAAUUGCCUCCCUUCUUUUACCAUCGGGAAGAACGGCUCAUUCUCGAUUCAAAAUACCUAUAGAUCUUACAGAACAAUCAACGUGUGAUAUCAAGAAAAAAACGCAGUUGGGCGACCUUUUAAAACAGACAUCAUUAGUAAUUUGGGAUGAAGCCCCCAUGAGUGAUCGGCGUUGUUUUGAGUGUCUUGAUAGAUCAUUGAAAGAUGUUUUGGGAAACGAUACGGACCUCUUUGGUGGUAUGUCUAUACUUCUAGGAGGUGAUUUUAGGCAAACUCUCCUGGUCAAACCGAAAAGUACACAGUCUGAGAUUCUCAAUUCAACGUUACCAAGGUCUUAUCUAUGGCCGUCUUUCAAAGUAUACACACUAACCCAGAACAUGCGUCUCAAUGGGGAUACUCAAAGCUCAUCUACUACUCGAACAUCUGUUAUGUUUGCGUCAUGGUUGUUAGAUAUUGGAAAUGGUUUGAUUGGCAAACCCGAUGCAGAUGAUCCCCAUAAUACAAAAAAUGUUGAAAUCCCACCAGACUUUCUUAUUCAAUAA